CUAACUCUCCCCGGCUGAGACUUCCUGUGUUCUGGGAGCAGAGCCUCCUCUCGCCCCUCUCUCUGGAUCAUUGUCUCCUCACAGCUAACAGCUAACAGCUAACCACCGGGACGAUCCCCUGAAAGAGCCCGGGAAACGGAGCAGGGAUUCGGCCGCAGCUCUCAGGAAGUGCCGCUGUCUGCUGGAGCUAAUCAGAGCUAAUGCUAAUUAGCUAGUUAUUUAGCCUGUUUAUAAACCGGGUUAACAAGAGCUAAAGAGGCUAAUCACAGCAGCUAACCUGGGCUAAAAGGGCUUUGAGGUGUGUUUGUUGAGUUAGUUUUUAAUCAGCCUUUAAGUGUCCCUUUAAAGCCUCUUCCUGUCCGGGUUUACAUUCAAACUCACUGGUUUGUGAUGGUUUAAACCCAGUCUAAAGACACACUGAGGGUUUGUUAUGGUUCCUGUGAGAGGGUUAAGGGUCUACAAGUAGUCUGGAUACAUGAGGGUUAAGGGUCUACAAGCAGUCUGGAUACAUGAGGGUUAAGGGUCUACAAGCAGUCUGGAUACAUGAGGGUUAAGGGUCUACAUGUAGUCUGGAUACAUGAGGGUUAAGGGUCUCCAAGCAGUCUGGAUACAUGAGGGUUAAGGGUCUCCAAUUAGUCUGGAUACAUGAGGGUUAAUGGUCUACAUGUAGUCUGGAUACAUGAGGGUUAAGGGUCUACAUGUAGUCUGGAUACAUGAGGGUUAAGGGUCUACAUGUAGUCUGGAUACAUGAGGGUUAAGGGUCUACAUGUAGUCUGGAUACAUGAGGGUUAAGGGUCUACAUGUAGUCUGGAUACAUGAGGGUUCAGGGUCUACAAAUAGUCUGGAUACAUGAGGGUUCAGGGUCUACAAAUAGUCUGGAUACAUGAGGGUUAAGGGUCUACAUGUAGUCUGGAUACGUGAGGGUUAAGUUCAGGGGUCUUAAUGUAGUUCAGGUUUAGUUGAAUAUAGUUUUUAAUUAUCUCAAAUCAGCCUUUAAGUGUCCCUUUAAAGCCUCUUACUUUAUGGGUUUAGACCAGGUUUAUAUUCAACUCACUGGCUUGUUGUGGUUCCUGUGAGAGGCUAAAGGGUCUACAGGUCUUCAGUUCAGGUUCUCAUGCAGUCUGGUUAGCUGAGGGUUACAUUCAGGAUGUGGUUCAGGUUUUUGUUGAUUUGAGUUUUAAAUACUCUUAAAUCUGCCUUUAAACGUAGGCUCCUGUUUGAGACCUGGUCCGGAUCACAGGUGUCCUUACUGCUGUUUGAUCUGUUUGAUGGGGGUUUUGGUGGUUCUGGUUCCUAUCUGUUUACAGCCGGUCUGGACUUGGUCUGGUUUCAGCUGAAUGUUCUUCACAUACAGACCGGUUUGAAACCUGGUUCUGGUUUUAUUCCUGGGUCUCCUUUCUUUAUUUAAGUGUCCUUACAGGUGCUUCACUCAGGUUUGUUAGACCUGGUUUCUGAAUGUGGUCUGGCCUGAUUUACAUAGAGGACUUCAGGCAGUCUCUGGUCUCAAACUGGUUUCACUGUCAGACCGGGUCAGUCUUCCUGAAGGUAACAGGACACAGAGGCAAUUCAAAGUGCUUCACAUCCUCACUAACACUUAACAAGAAGACAACAGAAAGGAACACAGCAGAGAAACACAUGGAGUAACACAUUCAUAAAGGAGAUACAGAAUAGUUUGAAAACCACAUUGUGAAUCCAGAAGGAGCUGAGACCAGUGAAAAGGCUUCUGGGUCGGCAGCUGAGAAGAGUCGUGUUUCAGACUCGACUUCAAAGAGCUCAGCGCUGGUGAAGAAGACUCAGGGUUUCUGGAGGUUUGUUCCAUUUGUGGGAAGCAUAAAGACUAAGACCCCUGAAGACAGCUGGUUCUGGAUGCAGUUAGUCCUGGUUUAGCAGAAGGAUGGCGGACAUCCAGCAGACCCCCACCUCUCUGUGCUGCUGCCGGAAAUCCCCUCCGGUCUCAGGGUCCAGAGCCACAGCAGGAGGUCCUGGUCCCUCAGCAGGAGGUUCUGGUCCCUCAGCAGGUCCUAGUCCCUCAGCAGGAGGUCCUGGUCCCUCAGCAGGAGGUUCUGGUCCUUCCUCAGGUUCUGGUCCUGGUCCCUCAGCAGGAGGUCCUGGUCCCUCAGCAGGAGGUUAUGGUCCCUCAGCAGGUCAUAGUCCCUCAGCAGGAGGUCCUGGUCCCUCAGCAGGAGGUUCUGGUCCUUCCUCAGGUUCUGGUCCUGGUCCCUCAGCAGGAGGUCCUGGUUCCUCAGCAGGAGGUUCUGGUCCCUCCUCAGGUUCUGGUCCUGGUUCAGGUUCUGGUCCUGGUUCUGGUCCCUCAGCAGGAGAUCCUGGUCCCUCAGCAGGAGGUUCUGGUCCCUCCUCAGGUUCUGGUCCCGGUUCUGGUUCUGGUUCAGGUUCUGCUCCUGGUCCCCCUCAGCGACGCCCCCUGGUGGACGUGGCCUCGGCCUCUAACUUCAGCUGCUUCUCACUGAAACACCUGCACCUGGACCUCAGGAUCAACUUCGCGGUGAAGGAGCUGAGCGGCUGGCUGGUUCUGGACCUGGUCCCGCUGCAGCCGGGGAUCCAGAGCCUGGUUCUGGACUGCCACCCCUCCCUGCUGAUCCAGACUGUGGACUGUAAGGUCCCGGGUCUCACGGGUCAGACGGGUCUCACGUCCCUCACCUACCGCCUCGACCCAUUCUCAGACUACGGCUCCUCUCUGAACAUCAGCCUGCCGAACGCCCUGAAGCCGGGCCGACUGAUCCAGAUCACGGUCCGGUACAGCACCACAGACGGGCCUGCGAUCUGGUGGCUGGACUCGGAGCUCACCUGUGGACAGACCCGUCCUCUGGUCUUCACUCAGGGACACUCCGUCUGCAACAGAUCCUUCUUCCCCUGCUUCGACACUCCAGCUGUGAAGAGCACGUACACUGCAUCAGUGAGGGUCCCUGAAGGCAUCACGGUUCUGAUGAGUGCGUCUCGGAGCUCCUACUCUAGUCUGGACCGGGUCUUCCAGUUCUCCAUGGAGCUCCCAGUGCCCUCCUACCUGGUGGCCCUGGUGGCCGGAGAGCUGCAGCACGUGGACGUGGGCCCGCGGAGCCGGGUGUGGGCCGAGCCCUGCCUGCUGCCGGUGGCCGUGCAGAAGCUGGGCGGCAGCGUGGAGCGCUGGCUGGCCGUCGCUGAGCAGCUGUUCGGACCCUACCUGUGGGGCAGGUGUGACAUCGUGUUCCUCCCCCCCUCCUUCCCCAUCGUUGCCAUGGAGAACCCGUGCCUCAUCUUCAUCAUCGCCUCCAUCCUGGAGAGCAGCGAGUUCCUGGUGAUCGACGUCGUGCACGAGAUCGCCCACGGCUGGUUCGGGAACGCCGUGACCAACGCCAGCUGGGAGGAGAUGUGGCUGAGCGAGGGUCUGGCUACAUACGCCCAGCGGCGAAUCACCACCCAGACACACG